UGUCUGAAAAAUAAAUUAAAAAGCGAUAAAAUGGCAGUACUGCUGCUGGCACUGCUGCUCUGUUGUGGGAGCUCAAUUGCACAAGAUUUAUUGACACCAAAUAUGGACAUUAUUGCUGAGCUCCAGAAGCUAAAACACAUGGAUGAAAGAAUACAAAAAUUAGAAGAAACACUGACCAAAGUAUUGAGUGAGAAUGAAGCUUUGAAAACCUUGGUACAAGAUUCACAAUAUAAGUUUGAAACUGUCCAAAAAGAGAUUGAAGCCAAAAAGGUUGCUUUCUCUGCUGGACUUCUGGCAUCUGGAAGCGCACAAACUGGGCCCACUGAUAAACUGAAAAUUCUGGAAUACAAGAAAGUCUUUAGUAAUGUUGGAAGUGCCUAUGACUCAAAUACUGGUAUUUUCACAGCACCAAUAAAAGGAGCCUAUUACUUCAGAUUUUAUGCUCAUUCUCAUGGUGGAACCACAAUGGCAGUCAGUCUCUUGAAGAACGGUGAAACCCAGUGCUCUGUGCAUGCCUGGAAGCCUGUUAGCAAUGGUAAUGGCAGCAAUGGUGUUGUUCUCACACUGGAGAUCGGUGAUCAGAUUUAUACACGACUUUGGAAGAACACCUGGGUUUAUGAUGAUCCAGAAAGUUACACUAGUUUCAGUGGCUUUCUGAUUUUCCCCUUGUGAACACCUGAAUUUCUUAGAAAUCCAGUGCAGGAUGUGAUGCAAAACACAAUUAUAUGAAAUUGUUCCUGUGUAAGUGACCUAUGUCCAAGUAAAUUAGAGCAAAUAGGGACAACAAAAGGGAAAUAAUUGUUUAUGCUUGUUAGUUACGAUAUGUUAAUGUCUGGACUUCUUCAUAUUUCUUGAAGUCUGAAGAGUAAAUGAGCUGAACUCAUAUGAUCUAUCUAAGAAUGAGAGUAAUACAUAUCUCUAACAUAUCAAAUGCUGAACAUUUCAUUAAAUAAACCAAAUAUGUAACACAGAA